GUGAGGCUUCGCCAUUCGCUUGGGGCUUUGGGUUUAGAGUAAUAACUAAUCAAAAAGUUUGUUUUCUAUUGAACAAAUUCUGCAGCCUUCCUUCCCCCACCCCAACCCCACAAUCUGAGUCUACUAUGCUAUAUGUUUCUGGGGAGAUUUCAGGAGAUUCUUGGGGGAUCUUUGCCUUCCUGUGUGCCGCACUCUGGAACCUGCCCACGCUCCCUGCCCUGAACAGCACAGACGAGGUGGGCGCCGUCCAGUCCAUCCAGAAGACCUACGACCUCACCAGGUAUCUGGAACACCAGCUGCGCACGCUCGCCGGCACCUAUCUGAAUUACCUUGGCCCCCCCUUCAAUGAGCCAGACUUCAACCCUCCCCGGAUGACAAGGGCCGAGAUGGUGCCCAGUGCCACUGUGGACUUUGAGUUGUGGCGCAACCUGAAUGACAAUGCCCGGCUGGCAGCCAAUUAUCGGGCCUACACGCACCUGCUAUGCUACCUGCGCAGCAUGGAUGGGCAGGUGGCCAAGGCCGAGCUGCGCAAGAACCUGGGCCACUUCUGCACCAGCCUGCAGGGCCUUGUGGUGAGCAUUGCCAGCGUCAUGUCCUCGCUGGGCUACCCGCUGCCCAGCCCGCUGGGCAGCGCCAACCCCACCUGGGCCCAGGGGCCGGGCACCACUAGCACCCACAAUGACUUCCUCAAGAAGAUGGACGACUUCUGGCUGCUCAAGGAGCUGCAGACCUGGCUGUGGCGCUCCGCCAAGGACUUCAACCGCCUGAAGAAGAAGGUGCCGCCUGCUGCCCUCAUGCUGCGCCUCGAGGCGCGGGGUUUCUGACCCCUGACCCCCCCAC